UUUGCAAAACUUGAGCUCAUUAGCUAUAUUAUAGAGCGGUUUCAUAUGACGUCACAGCAUGCGUCAUAAUUACUUCCGCAUGACAAAAUGGCUACUUUGCCAUUCAUUUGUACAGCACUAUAAACUCUUCUGGCAGGCUUCCUUAACUAUGAGCAUGGCUAAUCCAUGCUGCUUUCAUUUUUCCAAACUCAGGGAUGCAAAGGAAGCAAAAAGUUCUCGGAUAGAGAACCAGUGAAGCGGCCAAAGUGAACACAGCGUUGCCUUGUUACUCCUGUAAUUAUUGCUAUCGCUACUUUUCUGCUUACUACUGCUAGAAUUGUACUCCUUUUCUGCCUUGUGCUGUGUAAAAGAAGUUAUAGAAGAAGCAAUUUUACUGCUGUAAAGUGUAAACGAAUGAGGCUCAUUAAUUUUUGCCAUACGGAAGUAAUUAUGGCGUCAAAAGUGACGUCACUGCAACCGCUCUAUAUCUAUUAGUCAGUAGUCACAGGAGCCGCUGGGAUAAAAAGAAAGACUUCUAACGAAUGUGAAGCAGAAAACUCUCUCAAGAAAAGAAAGACUGACGGAUCAGAGCGUGGAAUGUUAGUCACUGAUCUUGCUGAGGUACUUCAAUUACUCAGAAGACAUGGUUACUCUGGAGUCCGUUUUUAUGAUCUUGGUCUCUUUCUUGGUCUAUCCUCUGCUACACUGGAUGCUAUUAGAGAAAAUGAAAGAAAUGUUGAGAGUUGUCUGCGUGAGUGUCUGAAUAGAUGGUUACAGAAAGCUGAUGAUGUACAGAAGAAAGGUGGUCCUACUAUCUAUUCAUUGGUAUCAGCAUUGAGGGAAAUAGAACAAAAGGCAGUAGCUGAUGGAAUAGAUAUGGAAAAGCAUCCUGCUUGCAAGAUUCUUGCUCAUUGUGCAUCAGACCGAUCUCUAUUGGCAUUAUUGCCUCAAUUGACUGCAUUGUUGUGCUUGGAAAAGCUAAUAAAAGAGAUCCUUCUUGCCACCAAUGUACAAGGAGAGGAUCUGCUGACUCAAAUAAAGGAAGCUGUUUGCAAUGAUUAUAGAAAACUAAAGGCAUUUGCUGAGAUCUUACACAAAUUCAAAGUGACUGCUAGCUUAGGAAAUGCUAUAAUGAAAGAAUACAGAGUUGUAUAUUGCAUUGAUGAUUUAAUGAAAGUAAAUGACAACACAAAUGUUGAAGGGCUGAAGAUUUUUCUACCUUUGAAUGUUACCUUAGAGUUUAAAAAGAUGCGUUUAACUUUGGGCCAGACAUUCUUCAAAGUGGGAUCAAUCAUGAUGAGCAGUCCUCAGUCUCCAACACUUGAUAAUAUCAAAUAUGUUUUGGGUGCAUACGACAAAGCAUUAAGGCCUCAAGUAGCUCAGUGUGAGGAUAUCCAUAGCAUUCUACAGUUAGUUUGUGAUAGUUGUCCACUCGAUGACAUUAGUGUGCUGGAGUACUUCAUUAAUGAGUUCAAUAUAGAGGAGGCUAAGGACGCUAUUCAGAAAUAUAAAAAGGCAAUCAAGGAGCUAAAGGAAACAAAACUCAGUCAGUGUCUGAAUGAAACAAUUUCACAUGCUUCACCACUUGAGUGUGAAAGGAUUACAAUUUUUGUUGAUGAGGAUGCUAACCAGUCAGUGCUUAAUGAUGUCAAAAGACUUUCAUCAGCUUUAUUUAAAAAUUUCUCACGACAUGUCAAAUUAAAUGUCGUUCAAGAUGGCAAUUCUUUCACUAUCACUUGUUCCUUCCCUUUGAUUCUAUCUGAGCAGUUAAUUACAGCUGCUCUUAAUAAUAUUGAUGUAUUGAAAGAAAACAAAGUGAAGAGAUUAACCAUUGGAUACUGCACUGUGUAUGAGGUCAAGGAUACCUCCACUGCUACUACAACAGAAAUAGAUGAAUACACCUCAUCAUUAUCAACUAGUAGUGGUUUAAUGAAACAAUUGAUGCUGUCAUUGAGUGUACAACUGAUUAAUAGAACAGAGGAGGUUACUACUUUAAAUGAGGAAAGUAUAACAAUGAAGAAAGAAGUGGAGUCAUUAAAAGAAACACUGGAUGCUAAAAACAAGAUGCUGAGUGCCAGUAUAGCAGAGAGUGAGAGGUUUAAAAGAAUAGCAGCUGAGACAAAGCAGUUAUUAGAAGAGAAAGUAUCACAUUUAACAGAACGUGAAGAAGAGAAUGAAAAUUUGAAAGAAAUUAAAAAAAUAUUAGAACAGCAGCUUGCUUUAUUUCAAUCUGAAAAAGAAGAUCUAGUUGAGAAGAUUGAAGAAACACAAAUGGAUACAGUAUUACAUCAAGAAGAGAAUGAAGCUAAAAGCAAGGAAGAAAUAGAAAUGUUACAAAUGAAAAUUACAACAAUGCAUUCACAAAGAAUUGAGAUGGAUAAAAAAGUGCAAGAAAAAGAAGAAUUGCUAAUAUUACAAAUUAGAAAACUGGAGGAAGAAUUAUUGCAAGAGAAGAUAACAACAAUGAAUUUACAACAAAUUGAGAAAGAUAAACUAGUGCAAGGACAAGAAAUAAAUCCUCUUAUAUUUCAAGAUGACGUAUAUGGUGACAUUGUCAUUGAUCAUCCAUUGAUUAUAAAAAUUGUAAAAACACGUCAAUUUCAAAGACUAAAAGAUAUCAAGCAAUUGGGUAAACUAGACAUCAAUUUCUUAACUUUUGCAUGUACAAUAGGUUACACAUAUCACAUCAUGCCAAAAGCAAAUUAUUCAAGAUUUCAACACAGCAUUGGAAUGUAUUUUCUUGCUGGAGAAUAUGUUAAGCAACUUCAAAGGAAACAACCUGAGCUGAAUAUUACUGAGUCUGAUGUUUUGUGUGUACAAAUUGCUGCUCUUUGCUUUAACCUGGGUCAUGGCCCUUUUUCUUAUACUUUUGACAUGUUGCUAGAUGAAAUGUCGGCAACAACUGACUUUAACAAGCCUUGGAAGAAUGUUCCUGAAGUAUCUGUUAAAAUGUUUGAAUACAUGCAUAAUAAUAGAGAUUUAAUGGCUUCUUUUGAAGAAUAUAAACUUACCACAGAAGACAUUACAUUCAUUAAAGAGCUUAUUCAAGGAGUAAAUUUUGAACAACGUAAGGAUAAAAGAUUCCUAUAUGAGAUUGUAGUUAAUAAAAAGAGUGGGCUAGAUGUUAGUAUGAUUGACAGUACAGUGAGAGAUGCUGCUGUGUUGGGAAAGAAUGUUACCUUUAGAUGGAGAGUUUUUUUAAGCAAAGUUCGUGUUUUGAGGUGUGCUGAUGGAGAAUCACAUAUUUGUUUUCAAAAAGACGAUUUAGAGACAUAUAAUGAUUUAUUCAGAACUCGUCACACUCUCUUCAGGGAAUUGUAUUAUUUACGCAAGAACAGGAUUGCUGCACUAAUGAUAAAAAGAAUACUGGCCAAAUCAAAUGACAUUCCUAUAAUCAGAUAUGAAGAUAGACGAGUGACUUUACCUGAAGCUACACAGAGCAUGCUUGCUUACUCUCAACUCAAUGAUGGGAUUCUCAGUGUCAUUAAAAUAUUGGUCGAUGAUCAUGAAGUACAAGAAUUGUUAAGUUGUUUAGACUCUAUGAAAGUUAUUGGUCAGAUUGGUCAUAUUCAACCAACAACUGAAUGGAAUGUGGAUAGAAUAAAACAGUACAUUGAAGGAAGUAUUAAACCUGACAAUAUUGCAGGCCACCUCAUAAUUGAUCCUAUAAAGUCUGGAUAUGAGAAUCAUGUAUCUCUCUCACAAUACUAUUACACUGGUGAUGGCAGUACAGGACAAUGGACUCAUGAAUGGGCACAACCAACGCAGGAUGCUAGCAAAUCAAAAAUACGUAUGUUUCUUGUAAGUGGUGACAGAGACCUUAUACAUGAAGUACAAAAAGCACUACAAAAAUUAAUAACAGAUGAACAACUUGAUGGGGACAUUUAUCCUGAUCAAGAUAAUGAUAAUCUGAUGCCACCACUUUAGAAGCUGGAGCAGAAUCAACAUAAUAAAGACAUACAUGUAAUAUCUUGCUACUUACAUGUACAUGUAGUGUGCUACAACUUAUAAUUAUUAAUUAACACAAGCUGAUUGUUUUAAUAGAAAGAGUUUGACAAUUGUCUCAUAAUAAAAA